ACUCGACGCGGUGUAUUCGACAACUACAAAUCGUAACUGGUUGAUCUCGAUAGCCACAGCGGCAACGGGAGCUGAUUCGGUUGCGGCUGCACUCGUGGCCACAGAGGACAGAGAUCAGACGAACGGACGCUUAUCCUCUGAUCGAGUCUAUCGGGGCCUUUCGGGUUUCUCAAAAACAACAUGUAACAACACGACGCAACGUAACGCAAGCCGACACAACAACACAAAUUAAACAUCGUUCGUACUAGCCGUCAACGACGAGGAGGACAAUUGUGAGCACUAGAACAACAUAAAUGACGAGUAGGCCAGCGUGGGACACGUCAGGCUCGCAACAGCUGCCGGCACAAUAACUUGAGAGCGUGUCGAUGAAAGACGUCACUGAGUGACACCGAAUCAAGCAGUUCCUGUAUGAAUAGCUACUUAUCGGAAGGCUAUCCAUUUAGCCAGCGACCUCUAUGGGGAAAAAUCAGACCGGACAACCCUAGAGAGUACGUUCAGCUGUAGGUGAUUGACAGCUCUCGUUUUAAGUGGUUCGGCAAUCGUAGAAAAGAGAUAUAUUCAUUUUGUUUAUCUCAGUUGCUUACUCUACAAAAUACUGGUGCGCCGGAAUGGGCUUAAGCGGAUCUUGAUGGUUCCACGAUCUGCUGAAAGUGCGCAGGACACAGAACGAUAAAGUUCGUGAAAAGCGUGUGAUUGCGUUAGGAUUGCAGGUUGACGAUGAGCUAACAUGGCACCAUAGAUUCUCUCUGGAAAACAUCUUAACAGCGUUGCCAUAACAUUCAGUUAUACAGUGAGUGCAUGACAAAUUCUGUGCGCAUUCUGAUGAGAUGGUUAUUUUGAGUCGCAGCCAUAAGGAAUCAUGCCGUGUGCUCGUAUCACUGAGGAUGUUCUAUUUAGUGGAUUGGUCGUGGUUAUUGUGCAUAUCGUUAAUGUGCAUCAUUCUUUGUGUAUCUAUGUGCGUGCGUGUGUGGGUACGCAUGUGCAUGUGCAUGUGUGCUGGCCUUGAACAGUGUAACGCGCAGUCGGUUACCGAAAACUUGUGCCGUACCGUAGUCUCCUCGCUGGAACAUGGCAAUGAGAUGGUGAAAUAAACUUUACGUAGAAGUUAUUUAUAUACCAUGUACACAACUGCACACCCACACAUAGAUUUGAGCACCGAUAAAUGCGGCUUACAGUUGGGAACCUCGAAGCAUCUACGAAAUUUUCCAGCCGUGGAGCGGCGUGAAUCACUUGAAGAUUGGAGUCCCUCAGACAGUGGAAGUUCUCAGACCGGCGAGGUUCAGGCGGAAUAUCCGCGCAACUCUACAGCUUGUACCUCAACGGCCACCGGCGACCUACAACUCACAAACAAUAGUAACAACUCUCCCGACCUAGAACAUAAGGGAACUAUCGACAGUUAUUUGUUGAAGUCUUCGUUUUCAUUACCUGAGUGUUUGAACAGGCAAGAGGAAGGGCACCGUGGCAAACCUGGAAACGGAACAAAAUCAAAUAAUUCAAAGGCGUCUGGAAGAAGCCUCGUUGGAGCAGGCGCUGCCACUGCUACGAGCAGUCGGGUGCACGUGGCUAACAGCGCCAUGGACCACGUGGACGGCAUUGUGCCGCAGAUAACAAUGGUUGUUGGAAACGCAGGGUGCUGGCCGUUAUCUGAUGGUCGUGACUUAGCUGGUUUAUGUGGGGUAUCAACGCUGUCUGACGGCAAUGAAAGUGGGUGUGAAAGACUUUGUGAGGGUGAGGAUCAGCCACUAGACCUUAGCCUUAAUAACAGCAACAACCGGUCAUCGCCGGAAUCAAGCGGACAUUCAUCUGCCGCAUCCGGUUCGGAACAUACCGGAAGCAUUUCCUUAAAACGUAAGUCAUCUGACAGCGUCAUUUCAACAACUUCGGGAGUAUCGUCUCCGCCCCAUCCAUCGGCCACGCCCCCUAGUACGCCCCUUCCUCUGGCCGCGGCGUUGGCUUCUGCAGCCGCGACUGCCACAGGCGUCGGCGUCACCGUUGCCAAUGGCGGUAGUACCACGCUGGCCAGCUUGCCCAGCUUGGCAGGUUUGCCUCCACUUUCCGGCCUCCACUCCGGUCUGCCUCCACUUCUGGGCGGGGUAAACGCCAGUGUUCCCCCAAAACGGACUUACACCGAAGACGAGCUUCAAGCAGCCCUCAAGGACAUUCAGAUGGGCAAGCUAGGCACGCGGAGGGCCGCCGUCAUCUAUGGCAUUCCUCGAUCGACUUUACGAAACAAAGUGUACAAGAUGGCCAAUGAUCGCAGGAAAAUGUCUGCUACUGGUGGGACUUCAGGAGCAUCCUCAGGGUCAGCCAAUACCACUCAAUCGACAUCGGCGGCAACCAAGAAGAUAAACAUAUCCAAUGGAAGUGGAACCAAUGGUGCAGGCGUUGUAAGUGGUGGUGUGAAUGCUGGAGCAGACGCAGGGCUAACUGGCAGCAUGGGAAGAACACCCUUAGAGGCGACCCCUGACGGGACACCGUCGGGUCAGACGGAACUUAUCGAUGGCGAGGCGAGUGAAGCAUUUGCCACAAAGCCGUCACUCAUCGAAGGCCAGGCGGGUGCGGGUCGCAUCCGAGCAUCGGAGAGUCUUUGUCAGCUUUUGAAGUUGACAAUCAGUCAAAAGGGGACGCUGCCUUCGCCUGCGGCCAGCAGCACCUCAAGCGGAGAAUCCUGUUCACCUCCACUUGGGCCUUUAGCGCCGCUAUUCAUGAGCGGCGUUGGCGUUGGAGGCGGACCGAUUGGUAAUAGGACUGGGAUUCGAGGUUUGACAUCGCAACUGGCCAGUCAGAGUGAUACCGUUCAAAUGUUCCAACACUUCCUUUCGUCGCUUCACCAACAGAUGGCCCUUAGGGGAGUCUUAGCUUCGGAACAUACCGAACAUUCAGCCAUGAUGCCAGAAUUCCUAAAACAGUUUUCGGCGCACGAUCGAUUAUUGGAGGAGCAGGUAAAUCUUAUGAAGGGUUCGUUAUGUAACAGAACUCUUGCCGGUCUAGGUGUCAGUGGACUCAGUGGCAUCAGUAACAGCCUGCACGGUUCGAACGGGCUGGGAUUUGGGCUCGAUGCUCUCAGCGUGGUAGAGGGACUUGAUGGUAAGAUUCGACCGACCACUAGACCUACGGACACAGGGGCAAAGAUGCCCGCGCUCGCAGGCGCAUUAUCGGGCGGCGUUGGUAAGCAGCUCAAUUCGAGGAAUGUUGUCAAAUCCGAAAAGCAGCUGGGGAUGGUGUCGUCGAACAGCAAUGCCAACAAUAACAACAACAGCAACAAUAGCAACCAAAAGAAAUCACUACAGGUGAGUGCCGACGGCAAGGUGCCGCGACCAAAGCGCGGUCGCUACCGGAAUUACAACCGCGACAAUCUGCUGCAGGCCGUUAACGCCGUCCAAAGAGGAGAGAUGAGUGUGCAUCGCGCGGGGACUUUUUACGGAGUGCCCCACUCGACACUUGAAUACAAAGUAAAAGAGCGUCACCUUCUCCGUCCCAAGAAGCGAGCUCCAAAGCCCCACAACAGCCAGCCUAGUACUCCAGGAACUCCAGGUACACCAGGUGUACCUGGGACUUCGCCAGGCUCGGUUGGACCUUCAGUAAGCCCUGCUCCUCCAGCACCAUUAUCUGGAACAUCCACACCACCUGACACGCGUCCGUCAUUUCCAUGGGCUCCAAUCGUUUCGCCCGUAGUAGGCCCUGGAGGCCUAAUGCCGGAUAAAAUACCGAUGGGUCCUUUUUUCUCACCUCAUUCGGGAGUCCGGAUAGAGAAAAUGGUUGCCCGAACCGAAACCGAUGUAGAAGCCCGCGAAAUAAAGGAGCACACAGAACUUCCAGACAACCCCAUAGAUGUGGAUCCAGUGGAUAACCCUCCACUCACCCAGGUUGAACCGGGUAAAAAUGUUAGCGUCCUGGAAAAACUAAUUGAAUCUUCCUUAGAAAAGCGCGUUGAAGAUACACCACAGGAUGAUACGAAUUUCGAUUUGGACGAGAGGUCAUCGCCGGCGCCACUCAGGAUCGCAGAAAGACCCGAAGAGUUGACUGUUGAGUGAUACAGCUCAAAUACAAAUGUAAACAGAGAAAGAACUCCUCUUCGUCUAUCGUCGUCACGCGAUUUAGCGUGGUCUAGGAGUCGCCCCAUACGUGUUCUCUAGUCUCUCCCCCCUAAUCUAAUAGGCAGGCCUAACGAUACUUUUUGCGCCCAACACAUUCCUCGUAUCGCUAACGAUAAUACAGUAGAUAUAUAUAGCAAACAAAAAAAAUCCGACCCGAUUAUUACGUAUUUAAACCAUUUAAGGUAUCACCGCUUUCCACAUUGUCUCGGAGGAAGAUUCUCAAGGUCCUGAAGACGUAGUCUGAAGACUGCUGCUCCUAAAUAGUUGGGCCUUCAAGGGAUAUAUGCGCUGAUGGAAGCGAUGGUCGUUACCCUACUAACGGCGAACUGACCGAUGGUCAUAUCUGCUUCGUCCGACCCCGUUUUUAUCGAGAUAUCGUCGUAAUGAUAGAAAUCACACUAGUAGCGGUUAAGGAUGCAUAAUUAAUCUAUCAAUAUAUAGUUCUGCCUAGUCUAUACUCCCCUGUGAUGGAGCAACAAAAACGUUACGUUGAUUGUGUGCUCUUCGGUUUUGUAAUUCGGUUUACGUCUUCUGUCCGCGUGUCGUUGCAUCACGUAUCAAAAAGACAGAAAUAAAUUGAGGAUUGAGAUCGAAGGCAAUAAAUCUUCACGAACAACUUUUGUAUGCGUUUGAAUCUGUACGGAAAUAUAAAACUAAGUGAAGAUCUUUUAACAAGGUUUACGGCGUUCUGUUCAUAUAAUGUUUGUUUUUGCACAACCAAAACAUGGGGUUCGCGGUUCGUAUAUGUGGCAAAUGCAUACAGGAUGGUACCACGAACGGUUUUUCGCAUUGAUCUCGAAGACGGUAAUGUCUAGCGAAAAAAGUGUAAGAAACAUUUGCUGACAGUUCCUGAAUUCAAACACAGACUUCUUCUUCCUAUGGAAAGGCGCCUGAAUUUUACAGUAUUUACUGUACGUCCUUAAGUAAAGCAAUAUGAUUUUUAUUUAUUAUUUUUGAAGUGAAUAUUAAUAUAAAGUUUAGGGUGUUUUUCGUUUGGCUCAAAAUGUAUUCACUAAGCUUGCAUCUAUUAUGAUUUAUCUUGAUCGAUUAAAAGAAAAAACACGAGUUCAAUGUUUAGCCAAAUGUCUACCUAUUUUAAACGUUUCGACUUAUUUGCAAAAGAUAUUUUUUGAACAUUCAUUUUUUUGAUUACUUUUUCAUUACUCACAUACAUAACAACCGUUCUCUUCUUAUGAACCUUUCAGAAAUUUGUAAAACAUAAAAAAACAAACAUUUCUAUUUCGGGAAAUGUUGUUUUUCUUACGAAUCCUUCCCUGAAAACUCACGAAAAUAAUUAUAGAUGUAGUUGAGUUAUCUAUGCGGUAAAUGACAUCUCAAAUAGGCAUAGUCAAACAUUGGCCAAGAAUACGGAACAAUACUAAACAAGCCGGAAAUAUUAAUGGUAAUAAAAAGGCCUUUCUUGCCAUUCUGGAGGGAGCUAUAUAUUAUAUUAGGAAAUUUAUCGAAUGAAAUUGAUGUCGCGAGCAAAAAAUUUUAAAAGUCAUAAUACUUACAAUGUAACGAGCUGCUGCCUCGAGUCAUCGCCAAUAAAAAAUGUUCUUACACUGUUUUCUAUAAGCCACACCGUUUCCGAGUUGUAUUAACAAACCGAAUAGGCAAUCACCCUGUAUCUACGCGUGGUAUAGAACGGUCGAACUGAACAAAGGUCGCCAAUAAAUUCGGAUAGUUAAUUCAUUUGCGAGUUGGCAAUUUGUGUACCGGUACAAGACCUAUGUAAACGACACGACUGUCGCUUGUCCCACUCCCCUGUACUGUGAGCCAGAGUUAAAGACUGUCGAGGAAAUGCUGGUCGAAAUCGCAGAGAUCUCAGAUUGAAACCUAAGCAAGAGUAGCUACUUCGAAAAUUUCCGACGCAACAGAAAUUAACGCAACCGUUUAUGAAACGGGGGCAUACGGACCUGUGACCAAAGUGUUCGUCGAGCCCAGAUGGGCAUCGCAAACCUUUCUGCAAUCUAGCCUAAUACUACAAUGCAUCUCUAUUGUACAUACAAACCAGUACAUCGACGACGUUGUCGAAAAGUUUCAGAGUGGGGGCUCAAGCUUCCAACAUAGAACCUAAUUGGCUCUCCCGGAAGCGUAUCGCACGUUUAAGGCUUUGUUAGGCGUCCUACGCUAAUGGUUACGCGGUCAUUCAUCAUUCAGUCGGCAACAACAGAUUUUCCGUCUACGGACCUUACGACUAUGGAACUUGCUAAGUUUACACACAAACCAGUUGGAGUUAUGAUAUCAUUAUGCCCAUGUUGUUAAACGGCCGCUAAGGUUUUUGCGACGAAGCGGUAGAUCUAAGAACGCGUACGGAUAUUAGAUCUUUAGUAUAACUGUUGAGUGACACGUGAACAGUCCGUGGUAAGCAGCCGAUCAAUCCUAAUAGGGGGCGAUCCUCGAAUUGAGUUUCAUCUUUAUUCCAUGAUAAACACGCUCGUUCAAGUAUUUGCUUUAAUGGUUACAAUGCGAUUCAUUUGUACGACCUAACGUGCUAAAUAUUUGUAUAUAAAUUGUACAUAAUUUACUCCUAUUACAGUGUAUCGUUCAAGCGAUCCAGCGGUUAGUUAGACGCAAGACGAAUUUAUCCAGAGCCUCGAAUAGCCAAGGUAAGAGGGGGUGGUAUAGUCAGAGUUUGUAAGUAUCCAUAAGGUUCUUCCCGAUCCCAUACGCAGGCACAUAUAUAGAACGAUUCUUGAAAUUUCAAAUCUAAUACUACCACUGGUAGUACUUGUGCUAAUUAAUCGCGGUGUAAUGGGAAUAUGAGCCAGACCUAAUUGUCACUGCACGUCUGGAGAAGGAAAUUCUGCAGAGGGAUGCAGGCGCGAAGGCGUGCCGAUAUAGAUUUGCGUUUACGCUUUGAAGUUAUAGAGAAUGUUAGGAAAGAAAAUGUCAUCUGUAAACACCAUAUAGUUUUAAGGCAGAGUUGUUAUCAUUACAAUCGUAUGAUUAAAAAUAAAAGCAAACAAGAUAUUCUAAUCGGCCGCUUCGGUGCUCUGGUUAUGUUGUGUAUUAGUGAAAAAAAAAAAACAAUCAAUUAAUCGGUUGUCGAUUACACGAGCUCGAUGACACAAGGCUCCGGUGGCGCUUUUUACUGUCAUUAUUACUAUAGUUAUUAUUAAUGUGUAUGAUUAUAGAAGAAAUCAAUCAAUCAGUGUAUUCUGUACGCCACGUCCUCGUUUAUACGGUCAUAUCAUGUAUACCAAUAGAUUUACUCAUAUAUAUAUUUCACCCCCGAAACGAACGCAACCGCAUUUAAUGAACUAUAUCAUUUUUCGAACUCGCUGCUAUCUGCUAACGAUCUUUUCAGAACAGAAACAGUAAGACAAUAUUUGAUCAAUGAAGUUUCAUUAAAAGGUUGGCCUGUAUGUACCAGUUGUGUGUGCAGUAGAAAGCAAAGAUGUCGCCGUUGUUCGAUGAUCGUUGAACACGGCGAAGCACUUUUCGUGCUAAGUUCGUGCAGAUACGAAGAAGCAAUUAACCCUUAAGUGAAAUCCAAGAAUUUUUUAGACGAGUGACGCCUGUGAAAGACGUAUCCUUCAUAGAGAAGCAGGUACCACAAUGGCAGACGCAGCACGGGAACAAAAAGUCGAUCUUGGAUCGGCCAUGCUUUGCCGUUCAAGCAAUUUCAGUUCAGCUGCUACGUGAUACGUCGAAACUCAUAAAUUUCAUAAUAAUUCUAUCAUGAUUCGCCCAAGUUAUACAUCAACAACAAUAGCAGCAACAACAACUCAGGUUGACUAUCACAUAUAUGAUCCCGCUACUUUCCUACAACUAUUUUUCUAUCUCACAUCUCAUACGUAUGAUUGCAACAAUUUCAUACCAUUAGUUGUGACAGAUGGGCACAUCUAAAAAUGGCGCGAGCGUACUUCCAAGGCAUGCCAUCUCUCCUCUCUGUGUAUACCCGAAAAGUCGAGGGUGAACAGCUAGUGCGAAAUGGAAUUGGAUCUGAGCGUUCUUUAAUUACGUCACGAUCGAAAACGAUACACUCCAAUUGCACCACAUUCGAAUAGGACUAAGACUAAAAACAUGGCGGAACGUAUCAACUACAUACACAGAUACACGCGAUAAAAACAUCACAUGUUAUUGUAAUGAAUGUGAUAAUUGCUACUAUACAACCUACAUGAUUAUUCAUCAUUGCUGACAUGUUACCAUAAAAGCAAGCAACCAAUCAAUAAUAAAAAAAAAAUUGUCACAGUUUUCUACAGAAUAUUGCAUACCGUACGAUCAACCAUUGCUCUCUGUGUAGACCAUUCGACAUGGCGGCGUCGUCUGUCUCUUACCUGUACGAUAUAAUAAUGUCAUCUAUAAUUUCAUACAAUUGUUCGAGUUUCACUUUUUCUGUUAUUUAUUUCUACUUAGCCAGCUCUAUGCGCUGUACAAAGGCUCACGUUUGUAGUGUAGGUGUUCAUUUCAAUAAGUAGCCAUACUUGAAAAACAUUGAGAUUUUUACAUUUGUCGGUGUUUACUAGUUUAGCGCUUUGGAAUUGUAUGAUGAAAUUUGCUGCGUACCCAUUCGAGACACACAAACAGCUCUAAAUAGUCCUUAGCUGAAUCGUCCGAAAGUACACAUUUACCACUUGGCCAUUGUUUUUCUUCCUGGAAAUGGUCGACGCUGUCAUUGUUUAUUACUGUCACUAGUGUCGAAUGGGUUGUGGCGUCACGUUUCUUCCAAUGCUCAAUAUUCUUUCAACUUGUCUGCCUUAGGCCGCCGUUGUCCGGACAUCGGGAAUCGUUGAUGGGUGUGAGGUGCGACCCUUCGUCAGAAAGACGUACAUAUACUAAACACCUACAUAGAUAAUAAGAUCAAUCGCUCGCUGUGGUAACAUCAUUUACUGUCUUAUUAUAUUUAGCCACUGCCGCGGUACUGAGAACUAACUAGCUGGUAUCAACGGGUCGCAGUGUAACUGAUUGGCCAGGUUUCGGAUCUCGACGUAUGACUAUAUGUAGACAUACAAUUAUACCAUUAUAAUGACAGUGCUAUUAUUAAAUAUGCGAUAAUAUAGUUGACAAUGAUAGCCAUUGUUGCACACUUGGGAAGCCAUAAGUAAGGCAUCAUCACCCUGUGUAGAAUUGGUACCAGGAUAGAUGCCUAGCGAUUUACGCCAUAAAUCAAAUAAGCUGGCGAUACAAUGUCCUUACGUGAUGACGUGUGCGAAAUCAAAUGUUUUGACGGUCGAUCAAAAACGAAAAAUUAAUUUAAGCUAUUGUUAGUAUUAUUGUUGUGUCUACGGAAUAACGUCACCCCCAUCAUAAAAAAAAAUAUAAAAUCACGCAGUCAAUAAACAUCAACACUAUAGGGUUCGACUUAGCAAAUCAAGCUGAACAUCGGUUUCAAGGAUUCUAGGAAUGGAGCCAUUUUGAUCUAGGUCGGAGGCUCAGCGAGAUCAGACCGGCUCGUUACAUUGAGUAGAUACUAACUGUGCGAUUAAAAGCUUCACGGAAGUAAUUUUCUCAGCGCUUUCAACCGCCACGGUGAUGGCAUCGUGGGUGGAGUGUUUGCAAACAGACCCGAGGGACCUUUGGGUUCGAAUUCGAGCGUGGACACACUUUGUUCCGUUCUGGGAGCCAGCUAUCUGAUAGAAUAAUACCUAACGGCGGUACCGAACGUAAAACUUUCGACAUUUAUCGUAUUACGCCAAGCUAAAGUGUUUCGGAGACUGAAAAACGCUCAUGCUUGAACUUCGAUGUUCUCUGUCCUGACCUUGCACCUAGCGUUAGCCAGCAGGACCUCAACAAUGCCCCGUCCUUUCUCUAUAAUGCCGGUUCGUGAUAUACAUGCGGAGGGAAAAUUAUUAUUAUUAUGGCUGGUCAGAAAUGGAGUAACUAGGUUAAUAGAGACAAGGUGGAUCGAGUUUUGAGUGGCAGGAAGUGCAACCUCGGCAAGGGAUAGUCUUUCGUGUUCUUAAAACAGAUUUCUAUAAUAAUAAUGAUAGAGUUAUCGGAUGCGAUUUGUGAUCUUAGUCUCAGAUUAGCUUCUGGACAGAUGUGUCCUUCACUGUUUCUGAAUCCUGACUAAACAGCAGAAGGAGAAUGAUAGUACUACUGGUAUAUAUCCUGGAACCUAAACCUAUCAUCCUAACUGAAUACAAACAUUUAGUAGAAAAUACCUCGCGACAUUUACGAGACUGUCGAAGUCAUUGUUUUUAUUGCAAGAUAUAUAGGGUUCCGUCCACUUGAGGCUGCUGUAUGAUCAAUAAGUAUCGGAACGUAAGUACGUGUUUGCCGUAAAGGAAUAGCCCAUGAUGUUUGGGCAUCCUAAUCGUAACCCCAGGUGACAAUCUAUCUCCAAGCUGACAAUAAAAACAAUAAUGAAUUGAUAAAAUCAAAUACAAAGGGGACCCGUGUCCCAUGUCCACAAGUGUACUAACGAUGCACACCACACAAAGACAAAUUAUUACUCAAUGGUACAGCUGGAUAAAUCUGUAAAUCACGUAUAGAUACAAGUACAUAUCCAUGCAUACGAUAUCUAUUUAUAUUAAUCUAAACGUAUUUUAUUCCCAACUGCACCUGAAGCAUUCUGACGUGAUACCAGUUAUAUAUAUAUAUAUAUAUUGUAAAGCAGACACAACAAAUCUGUAUUCGCCAUAACACAUUCGCAGGGAUGACGCAAAGGAAAGAUUGAAUAAAAAUAUGGAUUCAUUCAAUUACAACUAAAAAUAACUAAAAAACCAAUAACAGAGCAUUAUUUUACUUCUGCAAAAGCGAUAAUAUAAUUAUCUAACGAAUAUUGACCAUCGUUGCCAAUAGGAUGAGAUAUAAGGUUGAUUCUACAAUUUCGAAAUAGUCAAACAGGCUAAAUUCUACAAAAAAAAAAAA